GAGUCUUACAUAAGAGAGUUGCAUAGUCUGCAGCUCUGUGCUGACUAUGGAAUAGGGACACAAGAACAAACCGUUGGCUGCUAUUUUACGCUCCUAAAACUCAUUUACACCAAACCAAACCAAACCACCAUCAAGCAAUGCUGGUGUCUUUUGGGGUGCGGUUAAUAUUGUACCAACAUCUACAUAUAGUUCUCAUCAUCUUAAGCUUUGUGGGACACGGAGAUGCGAGAGUCACGAGUACUUUUGUUCGUUCCGAAUGGCCUUCGACUGAUAUCCCUCUUGAAAAUGAAGCCUUUGCAAUUCCAAAAGGUCAUAAUGCCCCACAGCAAGUGCAUAUCACUCAAGGUGACUAUGAUGGAAAGGCUGUCAUAAUUUCAUGGGUUACAACUGCUGAACCAGGGCCCAGUAAAGUACAAUAUGGCACAUCAAAGGAUAACUCUGAGUUUACUGCUGAGGGCACAGUGACAAACUACACCUUUUACAACUACAAGUCUGGCUACAUUCAUCACUGUCUGGUUGAUGGUCUUGAGUAUAACACCAAGUAUUACUACAAGAUUGGAGUAGGUGAUUCUUCUCGUGAAUUUUGGUUUCAAACACCUCCAAAGAUCGAUCCAGAUGCUUCCUAUACUUUUGGAGUUAUUGGUGAUUUGGGUCAAACAUUUAAUUCUCUUUCCACUCUCGAGCAUUACAUGCAGAGUGGGGGACAGACUGUCUUAUAUGUUGGCGAUCUCUCUUAUGCUGAUAGAUAUACAUAUAAUGAUGUUGGUAUUCGAUGGGAUUCAUGGGGCCGCUUUAUUGAGCGAAGUACUGCAUAUCAGCCAUGGAUUUGGUCAGCUGGGAAUCAUGAAAUAGAGUAUAUGCCUAACAUGGGGGAAGUUCUUCCAUUUAAGUCAUAUCUGCAAAGGUUUUCUACACCCCAUAUUGCAUCCAAUAGCAGCAAUCCUCUUUGGUAUGCUGUCCGGCGGGCAUCUGCACAUAUUAUUGUCCUAUCCAGCUAUUCUCCAUUUGUGAAAUAUACACCUCAAUGGAUGUGGCUGCGAGAAGAGCUAAAAAAAGUGGAUAGAGAGAAGACACCUUGGCUUAUUAUUCUCAUGCAUAUGCCCAUCUACAGCAGUAACCUAGCCCACUAUAUGGAAGGUGAAAGUAUGCGAGCUGUCUUUGAGAGCUGGUUUGUCUGUUUCAAAGUUGAUCUCAUCUUUGCUGGCCAUGUACAUGCCUAUGAAAGAUCAGUUAGGAAUUUCUUUCCUUUUAGUGUCCAUUUUCUAUGGUAUCGCAUCUCAAACAUACAUUACAAUGUAUCCAGCGGUGACCGUUACCCCAUACCUGACAAAUCAGCUCCAGUGUACAUAACUGUUGGAGACGGAGGAAAUCAGGAAGGCCUUGCUGGAAGUUUUUGGGACCCACAACCAGAUUAUUCUGCAUUCCGGGAAGCCAGUUACGGUCAUUCUACAUUGGAGAUCAGGAACAGAACCCAUGCGUUCUACCAUUGGAACAGAAAUGAUGAUGGAAAAAAAGUAAAGACAGAUUCUGUAGUAUUUUACAAUCAGUACUGGGCAAGCAAUCUACAUAGGAGGAGGGGCCUUCAAAAGAGUCAUUGUAAACUCUAGGAGAAAUCAACUGCUGAAAUAAUUGGAUUGAGUUUCUUUACUCCUUGAAGCUAUUCAAUUACAUCCAUAGAUCUGUUGGUGCAUGUGGGUUACUAAAGUCUUUUCCACUGCUGGGAUUUGUACAAAGUAUAUUUAGUCAAAGAAAAUUUUGGCAUUUGGACAUAUGCGGAAACUACUUUUCAUUCAUGCGAAGUUUAUACAUAACAUGGCAAAGAAGUUUAUUUUGUUGCUGUUGCACUUGAAUUAAGUAAAAAUUUUGUACAUGGGAUAAUUUGUAGAAAUUUCACAAAGUUAUAUAAUUUUUAUCCAUUUUCAUGGAGAUGGUCA